AUGACUUUCUUUACUGUAAUGAGCACUCUUUGUGUCUCGACUUGGCUCUAUCUUCUCUUCUCUGCCGUCUCCGUCUCAGCACACGGCCAUGUCACUCGAGUCAUCAUCAACGGCGUCGCCUAUGGGGGCUACCUGAGCACCAGCUUUCCUCUACAGAGAAAGCCCCCGGUUGUGCUUGGCUGGACCAUCGAGCAGCGAGACAACGGCUUUGUUUCCCCCGACAAGUACGGUCAUCCUGAUAUCAUCUGUCACCGUGACGCUGCACCGGCCCAGGGACAUGUCCAAGUGGCUGCCGGCGAUACAAUCACCAUAAAGUGGUCUUCGUGGCCUGAGAACCACCGCGGACCUGUGAUGGACUACCUAGCCAACUGCAACGGUCCAUGUGAGACGGUGGACAAGACAAAGCUAGAAUUCUUCAAGAUUGAUGGCAUGGGCCUUAUCUCCCAAGGCAGGCCUGGGAAAUAUGCAGACGGUGCCCUGAGAGAGAAUGGCUACACCUGGAGUGUGAGGAUCCCCAGCAACAUUGCCCCUGGAAACUACGUUCUUCGCCACGAGAUCAUUGCUCUGCACAGUGGACUCGAAAGAAACGGUGCCCAGAAUUACCCGCAGUGCUUCAACCUCAAGAUUACCGGGAGUGGCUCUGACAAUCCACCUGGAUAUCUCGGUACUGAACUCUAUGAGGCCAAUGACCCUGGAAUUCUUGUCAACAUCUACGCCAGUUCGCUCAACUAUCAGGUCCCGGGUCCGACGAUCGUGAGUGGGGGAGUCUCGUCGGUGAGGCAGAGUCCUUCCAGGGCGACGACAACUGCCAAGUGCACAACCAGGUCUUAG